AACUACUUUCCCCAUUACAACAAACACUAUCACAAGAUAUCCAAAAGAUAAUCCGUUCUCAGAUCAAAUCAAUCAAAAUACUUCCACCAAUCCUUCCAACCAACAUCAUGACCCAACUUCUCACCUCUCAAUAUUAUUGCAUGCAAACCAUAAAAAACUACAUGGGCCCAAGAGAUAG